AUGAGAAGCGCUGAUAGCUACCGAAUGUUGAUGCUGGCGGCGCUUGCUGUGGCGUUGAUAGUCAGCACGGUUGUGGCAGGGGCGGCGCCUGUCAGCGUCGUGACGACACACGACUUCACCGAAGCACAGCGCAUUAACACUCUCAAAGUGCUGGAGGCGCUCUCGCCGGCUGUUACGAAGGAACCAGUGCACCGUGGAAGUUCUGACUUCUGCACGUGGCCUGGUGUCCUGUGCCACCGCCUGCGGAGCGGCGAUGUCGGUGCCGAAGUGACCGUCAUGCACGACAGCUUCAUCAGCCUGCCUGUCGACGUACAGCGGAGCGAGGUGCGCAUUACGUCUCUCAAGGUGCGGGCCAACGCAUUGGCGAAGGGCAGCACGCUUCUUUCUGACUUGGCCAUGGCGACGUCUUCUUCCGCGUUAACGGUGCUGGACUUCACCGGGUCGAACAUCUCGUCGGAGCUGCCGCCCACCUGGGGUAGAUUCGUCAGCCUACAGUACCUGCGGCUGGGCGACAACCACUUCUACGGCACGCUGCCCACCGCCUGGUCUGCGCUGACGUCCCUCAAGGAAUUUCAGCUGCAGAACAACGACGUCACAGGCACCCUGCCCGCCGCGUGGCGCACCAUGACGCAGAUGCGCAACAUCACGCUGGACAACAACACCCUCGCCGGCAUGCUGCCCCCGUCGUGGUCGAGCAUGACUUCGCUGUCGAUCUUGUCCCUGAAAGGCAACAACUUCUGCGGUGGGGUUCCCGCGUCGUGGGCGGGCCUGACGGGGUUGGCGCUGACCGCAGAUGACACUUUUUACAGCCCCUGCAGAACUCUCCCCCCAACGUCCUCCAACUCCGACUCCCGCGCCACGCCGUCCUCUUCCGCGAAUGGGACAAGCACCACGUUGGAGCCGCCCGCGGUGCUGACGAACUGCACCGCGACGCAUUGUGUGUUGUGUCCGGUGACGGCACCGAGUCGAUGCGCGGCGUGCAUGCCGGGCUACGCGUUGACCUCGACCUGGUCAUGUGUUUCACACAGAGGAGAUGUCGCGUACGGACCUGCGCGUUUGUGGCCGCGUGUGGUGGCGACGUGUGCGGUGCUGGUGGCGGCUGCGGUGAGUACGCUGUGA